GACUGGGGAGGGAGGGAGGAAAGGGGGGGUAGAGACAGGCUGACAUCGAGCCAGAGCAACGAUGGCACCCAGGCAGGAUCGGAGUGACCGGAGAUGCCAAGAUGAGGAGAUGGCUUAUUGAAAUAACACACCAGCAGAGGCAGAAGGCUGAUCGUUCCUGGAUAUAUGUUUAGAUAUAACUCACGUUAACUGCCUCCUAGAUAACUCAUCGCUCAAAACACUGUCGCCAUUAGAUCUUGGUUUCAUCAGCUGGCUACGUUUUUUCUUUUUACUAUAGCCAUAACCUGGAUGCAAUUUUGUAACAGAUUGUGACCAAAAAAAGAAAGUAAACCAUUUUCAUGGGUGGGAGUAAGGUCAAUAGUACAUGACAUGGACACCUUUUACAGUAUCUUGCACAUUGCACUCUCAGCUGGUUGAAGGUAUCUGAACUCGUUUUUUUUUUUACAUUUUUGGAAGGCCCUUAAAUAUAUGCAAUUUUUUUUUUAAGUGAAGAAAGGUUAACUACAUAUGUAUAUAAGUCUGUUAUGUAGCAUACAUGUUCUUUCUAGCUUGCUAGCAUUUUGGUAAUGACAUUUCAUUUUGAUAUGAUGGCAGCUUUUAAUGCAUAAAAAUUUUAUUGGCUUCAAAAUUUGGAAUUUUGAUAUUUGGACAAAGUGCAAAUAUGGGGGAAGACGGAAGCCCCCCUUUAAAGAAACUGGCUAAAGAAAGCGAAGUUAACUUAGAUGUUCCCAAUGUUGCAAACAAGGUUGUAGCAAUCAAAAUGGAAGUGGAUGACUAUAAAGAGACAGCUGUAGAGGAAAACAAAGAGAGCAUUGUCAAGCUGAGUAGUGUACCGCUUAGCGGGUCUUCUGAGCUGAACCCUGGACUCAAGCACACGUUGGCACAGUUCAAUUUAAGCAGCCGGAGUUCACUGGGUGGGCCUGCUGCGUUCUCUGCCCGUUUUUCUCAAGAAAACAUGUCGCCAACAGUGUUCUUGCCUCUCCCAUCCCCGCAAAUUCACCCCGGGCCGCUUCUUAUACCAUCGGACAGUUCAACAGAGCUCAGUCAGACUGAACUGGAGGGAGAAUCAAUCUCAUGUUUCAUGGUGGGAGGUGAAAAGAGACUGUGCCUGCCCCAAGUCUUGAACUCUGUACUGCGGGAUUUCUCUCUCCAGCAGAUUAAUAUUGUGUGCGAUGAAAUGUACAUAUACUGCUCGCGCUGUACAUCAGACCAGCUUCACAUUUUAAAGGUUUUGGGGAUUCUUCCUUUCAAUGCUCCGUCCUGUGGACUGAUCACUUUGACAGACGCUCAGAGACUAUGCAAUGCUCUUCUGCGGCCGCAUACUUUCCCACAAAAUGGCAGCUUGCUGCCUGCAAAAAACUCUUUGGCUCAGUUAAAGGAAACAGGUAGUGCCUUUGAAGUUGAACACGAUUGUUUAGGAAAGUGCCAGGGUUUGUUUGCACCUCAACUUUACGCCCAGCCAGACGCCCCUUGCAUUCAGUGUUUGGAGUGCUACGGGAUGUUUUCAACACAGACUUUUGUCAUGCACUCUCACCGAUCGCCAGAUAAGAGGACCUGCCAUUGGGGCUUUGAUUCUGCCAAUUGGCAUUGUUAUCUUCAUUUGAGCCCAAAAUAUCUGAACUCUCCCGAAGGCAAAAAAAUGAAAGGUCUUCUAGAAGAAAUGAAGGAGAAGUUCAGAAAGAAGAACCAACCCAAGAGAAUUCAACCCAAAACAGAACAUAUACAGGCCUUGGAGUUGCCGGCUUGGUACCCGUUAAUCAAACAGGAAGACGAUGGCACCAAUCGACAACAAGUGCUGCAUCCCAGUUACUAUCUCUACAUGUACGACAAAGUGGUGGCACCAAAUGUGUCUCUUUCUGCUGCAUUAUCACAAAACAAGGACUCCAAGCCUGUAAGAAGAGAGACUGAGACAAGUAAGCAAUCUGUGGCAGAGUCGGAGAUUCAGGCCCGAAGCACCAAACAUAAAUCUGUUACCUCACACCCUGACCUCUCCAUAGAGGAACAGGAGAGAGUAGAUCACAAAUACGAUACAGAAAGCAGUUAUAGACAACAACCUGACUGUGGAGAGGCAGAGAAAGAUGAGACACCCUGCAAGGACAAACUGUGUGAGGAUGACAAGGGUCACAUCAUGGAAGAGGUAGUGAAAACCUUUCUCAAGCAGCAAGAAAAAUUGAAUUACAUUUUACAGAAGAAACAACAAAUCCAGAUGGAGGUUGAAAUGCUGAGCAGCUCAAAAACUAUGAAAGAACUGACGACUGAGCAGCAAAAUUUGCAAAAGGAGUUUGAAUGCUUGCAGACUGAACAUAUGCAAAAGAUGGAGGAAUUGUAUAAUGAGCAGCGGGACUUGGAGGAAAAACUAAAACAAGUAAAGAAGCAGAAAUGCUUGUGUGAUUCCAGUUUCGAGAGGGAUAAGGAAACACAAUAUGCAAACCAGCUUUUAGAAUUGCGACAAAGACUGGACCAAGCUGAAGCUGAUCGGAGAGAGCUGCAGGAUGAGCUGCGACGAGAACGGGAAGCCAGGGAGAAGCUCGAGCUCAUGAUAAAAGAGCUGAAGCUCCAGAUAUUGAAAUCAGCUAAGACUGUUUAAUGGGGAGUAGAUGCACAGCCUACAGACCAGUCAUAUUUGAAACAGGGUUUAUAUUUUGAUGUGGACUAAGAUAUGAGCAUAUUUUUUUUCCGCUGUGUACCGUAAUAGAGGGGUUACUGCCACUUAGAAAUAAGACAUCAGAAACAUACACGGAUCUUAACUAUUCUAAGACUGGCAUACCUGCCAGGUUCAUGAGUACUUUUCAUCUCAUCUUCUUGGCUAAAGAACCUUGUCCACUUUUUCUCUUCGUGUUGCUCUUUGUAAUGUGCAGUAAAGUUCUGGCAUCACAAGUCUAUCCUGAAUAUUGUCAGAGUUGUUUAACGGCUUGCAAGACCCAACAUAGUUCAAAUGGUCGACUACUGGUUUGUACUCUCCAGAUGAGACUUAGGAUCCAUAUACUCCAGCAUUGCAUCCUGUGUGCACUUUUUCCAUAUGUGUGGCAGCUACUGGACAGUCCCACUUUUUUUUUUUUUUUAGACCAGCCAUUACAUAUUGCUGCUACUAGAUUUUUUUUUUUUUUGCUGAUCUAAUUUUUUCGUCCUCAUAUAAGAAGUCCUAAAAAUUUUCAUUGACUGUCCAAAUGUGUGGGGUGCUUUAAUGUUCUCUUUGAAACAUGUUCUUCUCCAGCUCAGAAAGCCAAAUGGGCUUGUAUGCAUUUAUAAAAGUACAAUAGAUAUCUUCCAAUGUUUUAUAUUGACAGCUAGGAGCAGGCCAUACUAACCCCAUAAACCUUCACAUUCAGAUGUUAUAAUGUAGUGCUCAACAACUUGUUUGCCACAGGUUCCUUCUAUCAUGCAGUAACUUAGGUUUUUAUAUUUUAUGGUUACUGUUGCAGUCCUGAACUUUUUAGACAAAUGUAUUAAUUUAUGCUCAGUGACUUAUUUUAACAGAGGUUGCACUUUUUAAAGCUGAACUCCAGGGACAGAGGUUAUAUACACAAUUAAAAUGCAUUUAUAUGCAAACUGUUUACCUGCCAAAUGAUUUGUAAUUCCAUUCAGCCUGUCUUGUAAUCCACUCACAAAUGCCACAUGGCCCAACCAGAUGCUUGUCCACUACAGCAGCAACACCUUGGCUUAGUUUCGAAAAAAAAAAAAAAAACCCUGCUAAUAGCACAAUGAAAAAUUUGGAAACAAAUUGAAGACAUCUAUUUGCUUUCUCCUACUGUCAGCACUUGUGCUCCACAGCAGAGCAUGAUUUGCUCCUAGUGCUGCCCCUUUAUAUUCCAAUCCGUGUGCUGUAAUGAAAAAUAAAUCGUAAUCUGGUGUUUAUAUAAUUAUAUAUAUAAAAUCUGUUUGGAGUUUAGCUUUAAAAAAAUGUACUGCAAAAAAUAGAAAAAUAACUCUUCCUGUAACAAUAUGCAGGGGGCCCCUAGAGUAGCACUCGUGUGCGCCAGCAUCAUCAUCUCCUGUAUCAAAACUUGUCUACUCCUAUAGAUUAUUGACACUCUAUAUCUGUGUUUUCAAUGGAGAGUUAACUAGGUUCAAAUGUUUUUUUCUCCAGAAAAUGGUGCCACUCUUGAAUUAUGAAACAUGUGGCAUGUGGCAGGUGGGGACCCCUUCAUAUGGAGGACAUGUGAGCAAGGAUUCACUCUUUAAAUUGAGAACUUCUUGAAGAUUUAGCCUAGGGCUACAUGGAUGGUCUUUUAUUAGCUCGGUCACACUACUAAAAUCUGAUUUAGAUUGAUCUCUGCUUUUAUCACAAUCAAUUUAAUGAGGGCUGCUACAUAUUAGGUUUUUAGUAUCCCGACGACUGAUCAAUUGGUCUCUUGCGAUUGCACAAUGUUGCUCACCAAUCGCUCAUUUAGGAGAUUCUUGGGCGAUUUUUGACACUUAAGUGUAUACAAUGAGAUCAAUCCCAUGACACUUAUCACCCAACGUAUUCUAUAGUAGCACAAAAGAGUAUUUUUUUUGUGCUAGAAGAUUUUCUUCAGUUUCCAAGAAUAGAAAUUGGCCAUGUAGCCCCAGGAUUACUCUGAUUUACAAAGAAAAUCCCUGCCUUUAGCCUGAUGUGCUGAACACAUACAUGGAGUAAUGUAUCGCUGAAGUGCUGCGUAUGGGAAGACUGUCUGCAGAACCAGUUCAUUGUCACCGCUGCACUGAAGUUAGCAAUAAAUAACAGAGUGAAAUUUAUGUUAUGGCUAUUUUGGGACCGCUCUGCCCAAUUUAGUAAACCUAUAAACAUAACGGGGAACACAAAAUUUAUACAAGUGCAUUGAUGAUGGGGUGCCACGCAGGUAUUCUGCUUUGAAUUGUGUUCUAGGGAAAAAAAAUGCAUCUAUAAUUUAUGGCCAAUCUUUGCAGUUUUUUUUGACAAUAUAUAGUACAGCUAUAGACAUAUUUUUUAUUUUUUAUGUAAAAUUGUUUACUUAAUAAUUGAAGUAAUCUAUAUUGAUUAUGCUUUAGUGCAUGCCUUUACCGGUUAUGUUUAAAGAGACAUUGCAAAGCAAAGUGACAGUGUCUCUGCAAAUGACAAUUCCAGCUCCAUCAGAUAAUUAUAACUGUGUAAUGGGAUAUGCUGGACAUGCCAAAUUCACAAAAUUGGAUUUUCCUUACCUUAUUUUGUGCUUCACUGAUCUGCUGACAGUCAUCCAGAUACACAGGUGUAGUGGCACACACACACUUUUUUUGUAGUGGUGUUUUGUACUAGAGAUGUUAAAUUGGACAUUACCUGCUCUCCCAGAGCCAAUAAACCAAAAACAGGCAUAUAUUUAGAGAUUAUAACAGCCUUCUUUAAUUGCUUUCUUGUUAAAGAUGAGUUGUGCUGCUACUACAUGUUAUCAUCUGGCCAUCACUGUAACCAGAUCGCAAUUACCAGUCUCUUAGCACAAGGAAACAAGUGACACCUUAAGGAGCACCUGUUUUUUACAUGCACCUUGAGGUCAUUUUGUUGGAAUUGGGUGGUAGCUUGAUAGGUCAGCAUAAACUGAUGAUUUAUUAAUAUUUAUCAUGCCUCAUAAAAUAAGUUUAUUAAAGUAGAACUAUAGGCAAAACUUUUUAUUUUAUUUUUGGAUGGAUGGAUUUUCGCCAUCUGUGUCCCAUUUCGUAGGUUUCCCUUCACUUUGUGUUCCAUAUUCAAACAGGAAGUGGGAGGAAAUACCUCAAAAUUAAGAGAAUCCCCUGGGAACCCCCCAGAACAAGUGUCCCAAUUGGAAGGAUUCUACUCUAUUUCUUUUCUGAAGACAACCCAAAAUGUGGGAUUUUCUUUAAUUUCACGUUUAAUGGUAAACGGGACAAACUGAGACUGUAAGUCUCCUCAACGAGGGCACAGACAGCAAUAAAACUGAUAGGGGCUUUUAUCCCUCUCCACUCUAUCCCCCCCAAAAAAGUGUUGUCUUCAGUUAUACUUUACGUAAAUUGAUUUAAUAUUUUGAAUAAUAUUUCAAGUCACAAAAUGGCUCUUCUGUUAAUAGCCUUCGGGUGUUUGAUCAUGCAGGCAUGAUCAAAUCAAAUUUAGCGACACCUGUAACUUGCUUUCCAUACUUGCAGGUUCAGCUCAAUGGAACUCGAUUAAUUAUCCUCUUCAGAGUGGGUUGGAGGGGAGUGAGAGCUGAGCCCAAGUUAGCAGCAAUGGAACUUUAGGGAAUGGGAUGGGUUUUCUAACCUGCUACAUCAACUGUUUUUCUACAGCAGUGAGCAGCUGGUCAUAAACAAGAAAAAGUCACCCAGUUUGGCAAAAGACAACCAGGUCAGAAGAUUGUUGUCUUGUGUUUGUGGGUACCAUAAAAGACAGGUACUCUGAGGUUUGGGGUGUAAUCAACUAGUAGUUAGAUUUAGAUAAAAUAUACCUAAGUUUCCUGACUCCAGUGUAGACCUAUGCUAAAUUUGUCGUCCCUUAAUAUUCUACCUUGCCAAACCUCAACUCUUUAGUACUUGGUUAUUGGCCGUUCUCCUACUCAUUGCAAUACUGUCUCUGGAAAGCUCUAGAUCUGUGUACAACUAGGUUUAAACUCCAGGGUGAUAUCGGAUGGGCAUUUUGCUGGCUACACUUAGCAAAGCAUGCUGUGUAAUAAGGAACGUUUUGCAUAAAUCGGACCAGGCCAAACAGCCUUAUUCUGCUAGUACAGAGAAGGUGUGUGUCCUUGCUGCCACUAACUUUAAAAUGUGUCUUCUUAUCUCCUGGCUAUUUCAAAGCAAAGCUCUAUAAUGAACCGGAGAAAGUAGCUGCUUGCCUGCUGUUUUCAAAGGGGUAAAUAUAAACUAAUGUGAAAUAUUACACAUUUUAUCCAUUUGAAAAAAAAAAAAAUCUUUUAACAUUUUACUUUUAGCUUUGAAUACAAUUACAAAAAAAUGUAUAUAUAUUUAUUCCCUUUAAGAUAAUUAUUUGGACCAGCAUAAAGACCCUAUUAUUACUUUAUAUUAUACGUAAACAACAAAAAAAAAUGGUCGCCAAUACCAACCCAUUUGUUUUGCUUUCAUUACCCAAGACCAGAAUUUUAUGAACCAAACCUGAUUUGACUGCUGAAAUAUUGCUAAGCGGUGUUUUGCUGCUAAGAAAAAAUAUAAUCAAUAUUUCCAAUGGUUGCUUUUCACAUAAGUUUAAUUAUAUACCCAGUCCAGUUUUUCUUUUUUUUCUUUAAUUACUGCUUUGAUUAAAUAUUAUGAGUCUAUUUAUAAUAUUAGACAGUGCAUUGUUUCCCUUUUCAAAUAUGAAUAAUAUUUUUUUGUACUAUUUAUUACAAUAAGUUCUGUAUAUACACAAUAAUUUAUUGUAGCAUAAUAAUGUGAAUUAUUGUCAUUAUUUUAUUUUUACAAAUGAUCCUUUUGAACUUAUGUAGGUGUCAUUGUUUUAAUUUCUUUGUUGAUUAACAUUUUAUUUGCUUUUGUAAAAUUGUAUAUAUUAUAAAGUUUUAUCUGGAUUGAGAUGACGUUGUUCUUAAAGCGUCAGACCAUACGAUGACCGCUUAUGUGUUUAUUCGCCUCAGGCACAUUUAUAUGCCAGCUGUAAAGACACUAUCUGCUAUAUUGUUAUGUGGUGUAUUUGUUAUAGCAUGCUUCUUUUUGUAUAUUUGUGUAAAGUGAUAAUGGUUUUAUUCAGUAUUUUUGAGACCGAUGCAAAGUUCUGUCAGUGCUUUUGUUUUGUUUUAUAAAAUGGUUUGGUUUGACGAGCCCGAAUUAGUAAGGGGCUUGAAAUGUUAUGAUAAUUUUGUCUUCUUUGUAGGUGACUAGGUAGGAAGAAGGAUACACAACCAUUUUCAUUUUUAUAAUCAUGCUGGAAAUAAAUGAAAUCCCAACCUUCUCAUCCUUUUGUCCACAUAUUACAGUGGGCCUCUUGGAGGCCUUUCUGUUUUUGUUGUCUGUAGCAACCAACGUAUUCCUCUGUUUACUCUACUCUAUUGAAGUAACAAAGUGAAAAUGAGAACCUGGUUAAUAUGGGCAACAAGAAUAUUUCUUUAGACACAUGUGAUCAUAAGGCUUUAGUGCCUUUCACAUCCCUUACAACAUUGAAGAAGUUACCCCACUGGGCCCUUUUUUAUGUACUCUGUGUAGUUAGGACCCUUAAGCGUGUUGUGGAGAUUCACUGUGGCUAUUGUUGCACCCCAGAACUUCAACUUUAGCCACUGAUUUGAUAAAAUCAAUUGACACAUUAUAUACUUUUGGCUAACUGGGCCAUUUGUGUUUUUUUUAUUGAGAUUUAUUAUUGCUGGGUAUUAAAGACCACCUCAUAUACUUUUCUGGCAGUAUGCUUGUAUGCAUAUUUUAGUUUUACGCGUUUAUAUGAAAUGUAUGAAUAAGCUUGCUUGAUUGCGAAAUGUAAUUUUGCCCAUUAAAAGUUGGGUAUUCUAAUUGUUUUCUGGCCAGACAUUUAGAUUAGAAGAGAAAUCUUAACAGGCCUAAUGGACGUGAGUUCACUUAGGGAAUAAAAAACUAAAAAAAAUAUAUAAAAAGAAAUGACGUCACCAUUGGUGGCAAUGGCAAUAAAGCACUGCAAUAUGUGUUAAUCAGAGGCUGUGCAGUGUGCGGACUGACUUAUUUACUCAGGGAAGCAGGAAAUAAGCACUUUCAGAUGUUCCAACAUCCUAAAUACUGGCCUUUGAAGGCUUCAGAUAAUAAUAUAGGACAGAUCUGUUGUCUGCUAUGUUGUAAAGUCAGUUAUUUUUCUAUAAUUCAGUGAGGCGUUUUGUGUCCUCAAAAUUAUACUUCUAUAUAAAAAAAAAUAUUAAUGUGAAAAUUAUUUGGAUCUAGAUUAGCCAUAUUAAUAUUCUAUUAAAAGGAAAACCAUAUUGGAUGUUGUAAUGUUAUAAUAAAACUAUGAAUCUUGGGCUGCGAUGGUAUCAAAACUGCCCCAUGACUGAUGCCCACUAAAAUCACUUGACAAUUAGUUGUUGGCACCAAUGUAACGUCAGAGCUUCCCAUGGCCAGUCAGCCCUUGUCCCUCCUGCUUCUGAAAUUCUUCUCGAAGGAUUCCUUUUUGUAAGGUGGAGACCUGAAGAAUAGAUAGUUGUGCAAGCGUUUGAAACUGAUUUAGUAUAAUGGGGCUGUAUGAACAAGCCCUUGCUGCUAAUACUUGGUUGUUUGUAGUUUUUACAUUAAUACCAAAACAAAAUUUUUAUUCAGCGUUUUAUGUAAUCUUGUAGAAUGAGUGCAAGUAGUAUCCUUUUUUCACUUGAGAUAUAAGCUGCAUACUUUUUAUAGGGUCUGUGCUCCCAGCCGUACCCUCUUGUAGCGUAGUCAGGGCCCGCUAGUUUACAGCUAGCUCCUGCUUAGGCCUACUGUUCUGUACACUGAAGGAAAGUUUUUAGUGACUUUUCACUAAUUUAGACACAAGUAGGUUGUGUUACAAUUGGUGCCUAGCCACUGAUCAACCUCAGGCUCACUAGUAGCAGAGCUUUUGUCUCUCUUACGUCUCCUGUUUUGUGCUGCACGCAACGGUGUACAUCUGAGCUAUUCCUCUUGUCAUAGGCCACACUAGGACCAGUAAAAUGAAAAAUCUUGGGAGCCACAAAUUGAAUAAGCCAAGUCUUUCAGCUUCGGAGCUUCACAAUGCUCUUGUUACAUAUGUAACGUUACGUGGCUGUUUUUUUAUUGGCCAAAUAGUAUGAUAUAAAUGCAUAUGUUACACAUGUAGUGCUAACUAGUUCUACUUCUACAAAUGACACUGCCUGAGCUGAUAUCUCCAAUUAAGUGAAAUGGCUGCUACCCCCCAGCUAUAAUUUUUCUAGCCAAUAUUUUAGAAAUACAACUAUGCACGCUAAGAAGAAUAGGGGGGGAAUGAAAUGUACUUAUUUUUGUAUGACUAUGCUUUUCCCUAUAGCAUAAAAUCUGUAGCGCAAACUCAAAAGCUCCUGCUUUAGGCAGAUACAAUAUUUAUAGGAGACAAUGGAUAUAUUUGAGGUCUGUACACAAAGCAAUGUUUGUCUUUUGAUACGUCGUCACUAUUUUAUCUGUAGUGGUUGUAGACUUUUAGAAUAAUUGGAUUAUUUCAAGAACUGGUAGGCCUUGUACACCAAAACUGGUGUCUUGUGCAUUUUUCUAUAGAGUUUGGAGCUCUUGGUACUAGUCCUUCUACUUGUGGUCAACUCCCUACUGCACAAGCUUGCUUUAUGUAAGCCUUUCUCAACCUUUUUACCCUGUACAAACCCCUAAAAAAAAAAUUGAGGUCUCUGUUAAUCCCUGCUAAAAAUUGACGUAUUGCUCGUGGUAAAUUAGCAUUAGUAAGGGAGGUAGCAAGUUUUAAUUAAAAAUAAUAACCUUGAGUAUUUGAUACCCAGGACAGAUCACUUUUUAAACACUCACAUACAUUAAUUGUAUAACCAAUUAUUACUAAAAUUAAAUAAUAACAGAAAUGAAAUGCAGAUAGCAAAAACUGUGUCCUCAAACACUGGUUUGGUGGCCCAUGUAGAGAUAACACCUUAGUUUUUUGGUCAGUGGAAAAUUGCCCCUUUUUUGCUCUAGGAAUCCCCAGCAACCUCAAGAGGAACCCUAGGAUUCAAGGGAACGUUGGUUGAGAACGGCCGAUUUAUGUUGUGCUAAAUGGAACUGUAACAUCACAUUUUCAGGCGAGCUUAGAAGACAUAUUGUGUGUACGAGGCCUUAGUUUGGUACAGUAUGUACAUUUUGUUUCACUAAACUACAACAUGGAUUACACAGCAGCUCGGGCCACAUUUUCUUUCUUAAUUGACAUGAUUUUGUGUUCAAUUAUUUUAUUAAUGCUUUCUGGCUUAAUUAAAUUAUCAAUGCGCUGGUUACAAAGGCAUAGACAGAACAGUUAAUUACAAGCCUUCAGCAGAUAAACUUAAAAGAAAAAAGUUAAAACAAAAACUAACAUAUGUUGACAUGAUUUAUUAACCUUUUUUUAUAUAUUUUGUACUUUUUUUUUUUUUAAGUGACUCUUUUAAAAUAGGGGUCUUACAGCUGCUGUUUCGCAAGUGCGAGCUGCAGGGCUGUCAUUUUUUCUCCUUACUACUUACAUAUUUAGUCACUCAUUCUGAACCAGCAUGCAUCCCGUGAAGCAUUAACACAACUGAUAUGUACAGAUUGUUCUAGGUGAGAUGCGAAGGAUUUGCAAUGAUUGUCUCCUUUUAGCUUGAAAAACAAUUCAGCAAGGUAGCUCGCUUAUUUCUAUUUUAAUAUGUUGCUUUUAAGUUGUACUGGUGUUUUUGAUUUUUUAAUUUCUGAAUUUAUAAUAAUUAUGGCCUGUGAAAAUUGGCAUAUAUCAUUGAAUUCCAUGGAGCAAAUGUGGAGAGUGGAGCUACUCCUUAUAGCAUGCAGCAAGGUAUCAUUUGCCAAGUGGAACAAGGAAUUUAGGUAUUGGCACCAUGUUUGCUCCAGAAUUCACAAUGUUCCGAUCUUUGUAGUAAGGUUUCACAAUAUGCAAUUCUAUACAUUUUAUUCUUAAUACUUAGUUUAUGUCGUUUUGUGAAAAGACAAAGAUUCCUAAAGCGGAGAAUGUAUUAAUCCCCCUGUUGGCUUUUAAACACGAGUAAGCCAGAAUAUAACAUUUAUUUUCCAUAUUAUUGAAGAUUGGUAUAUGAAGAAUUAUAUCUUUUAUACUUCUUUCAUCGUUAUACCAUAGAAUGCCACUGUGGGGCAUCGUACAAAUAGCAGACGCUUCAUAGUACGUGUUCUUGCACAGUGGUCUUUUAUUCAAAUACGAAUGAAAAUAGGAAAUGCAGGACUAUACCAGAGACGAAUACUCUGCUAUUAAAGCUAUAGAUGCUGUAUGUGCUGCUAAGAGAUGAAACAUCUUUUUAAUUUACAUUUACUCCCUUUUUGAGCUGUGCUUCCAUUUUCAAAAGCAGUGUGAUCACAAAUGAGUUUUGUGCAUUUGCUUGCCUAUGUUUAGGCAUUACGUUUGUUGCAAGAAUGUUUUUCCCCCUAAUUCGUGACAUCCAGUCAUAUGCUUGUCUUGUACCUCAGUUAGUGUGACUCAAGAUACAGUGCUCAUUCAGUCUUGCUACAUGACAGUAAUUUUGUAGGCUUGUUGGUGAAGCUUACAGGGUAGGACUGUGAAACGGAACACAGUUGUAGAAAUUUAAUUAAAUUUAAGUAGUUCGUACUGCAUAUCUCCGCUUAAAUGGUUCUAAAAUUUAGGAUGAUUCAGUAUAAAAACAAAACAAAAAAAACAAAUAAAAUAAAAAAUAUGCUAUAUUGUCAGCUUGUGUGUUCUAGAUUUAACAUCAAGAAAAUUACAUGAUUUUCUAAUGUAUACAGUACAAGUGCAUUAUUCAGUUCAAGCUACUAAAAUUGUGUUUGCAUUGUUGAGUGUUUGGAUAACAUCGUUUGAUUAGGUGUGCUAGGACUAAUGAUGAAAGUUCAGGAAGCCAUCUCUGUCUGAUAAACAAUUUCUGAUUGGUUGCUAUGGCCAACUGCAUUGCUUGUUUGCCCUGCCUUAAUGAGCUACCCUUUUUGAACCUUUCCACCAAAACAUGGUGCUGUUUCUUUCUUGUUCAUCAGCAAAUGACACAAAACAAAUAGACAGAAUUGCUUUUGGGCUGUGUACAUAACAUGGUGCUAUUUGGAACUGGCAACUACUGUAUGAAAGCCAGUGGUUAAAUAAAAAAUCUAGCAGCGUACCAGCCAGGACCACAAGUGGGUUUUCAUAAUAGCAUAUAGCACAAUGCAAUGUGCCGCAUAGCAGCCAGCCAGAAAGAAUCAGAUUAUGCGCAUAGCAUAAUGGAAGCUGGUUGUCCUGCAUUACUGCGUCUUGCACAUCAUCAUUUUCUAUGAGUUGCCUUAUUGAAUCAGGCUGUUCCUUUUCUGCUGACCCUCUUCUGCUACUUCUCAGAAAGCUAGCUAUCAAAUAGGUAUAAAUAGCUACACCGACUUCAACAGAAUUAACAUUUAAACGUAUGCCAGCUUCACAGAAGGUCUGCAGAUAUGAUCUAGGGCAGCUAGGCUAUUCACAUGAACUGAACACAUCACAUACAUGCAUGCAUGUUCACAACGCUGCUCUAUUAGAGAAAAAUUACCAGACUUGACAUGGAGUGGCACACCUAAAUUUAAAGCCAUAAUUCAAAUUAGAGGAGGUUGUAUGUUUUUUGUUUUUUUUCCUUGUGUAUUUUAUUAUAGAAUAUAUCGAAUGUGUAAUUUAGUUUAUUUAUUUUAUCUCAAUGUAGUUUGGCGUUUUACCUUUUGAAAAACAAAGGCAUAUUAUUUUAAUUAAUGUAUAUUUUUUUCUGAUUUGAAGAUAUUAUUUGAUUUAUAUUAUGGUAGUUACAGGAUUUUGUGUAUAAAUAUGGAUGUGCAAUAUGACCACAUAGUUCACACCCCCCUCCUUUUCCUUGCUAUUCUUAAAGAGUUAAGUUAUGGAUACAUUUGCUGCUUUCUUGCUUUUAUAUUGUGCACGCACAGUAGCUGGUUGGCAUUUGUGCGCAACCUGAUCUUUGUUCAGCAGCUGGCUGUAUAGAGAUCAUACUGUGAUUACCAUAAAGAUGGUUUGUUGGUUUAUAAGAUAAAUCAAUGAAAAUAUUAGUAGUGUCUGUGUAUCCCAUGAAGCCAGAUUCCAGUUCUCUCCUUCCUAUUUGCUUUGAUCAUAGGAAAAGUAGUACUAUAUUGCUUGCCAGGGAGAGCACAGAUCAUUUGCAGCAGGGUGCUCCUCUAUAUAGCUACUUGCUGAACAAAACUUAUCAUAUUUUGUGUUCCAUGAACAAUGACAGACCUUCCUUCUCAUUAUUUUUAUUUUAUUUUAUGCAGCCUAAAAAUCCCAUUAAACCUGCAGAUUAACGCACAUUUGCACAAGUACUUGGCACUCCUGCAUUAAAUAAUGCACAUAUAGAAUUACUCAGUAGCUCAUCAUAAAUUAUUUCAAUGUGUAUGCCUUUUAGCAAAAGAGACCUAUUCCAGAGUGAAGAUAAAGAAAGAUGUUAUUUUUCCGUAAGCCUAUAUUAAGUUCUCAUGCAUACUCCUCAAAGUUAUUUAUGUUGCAUGAUAACAUAAUGUAAAAUGUGAACUACUGAAUAAAGAGCAUGUAUAAAAAUAAAAUAAAAUUGCAGACUUUGUGAUGACUGCAAAAUGUCUAAAACGAAGAAUGCUGCUCGCUGGCGGCGGAAUUCUGCGGUUUAGAAUAUUUGCCAAUGAUGUAAAUAGAUAUCAUGCUUUAAGUAACUGUGAUUGUGAAUUACAUGACUCAGAACUGUCCUCUACCUCACAAGAAACUAACAGGUGUUUUUAUAUGGUUUGAAAUGACAAAAUGCAUUUAUCUGGUCAAUCAGUUUACAAAAUGUGGGAAAAAAAUAAAAUAUAUAUAUAUAUAUUGCAACAUUACAUACUGUGCUUUCUGCUUAUACCUCAAAAUGUAUUUUUGUGUUGUUUUCCAUUGUCAUUCCUGUACAUAAUAAAGACCAAUGUUGGAUUAAAAUCUUAAUAAAACAUGAUGUGAUGA